CCCCGGGACAGCCCUCGGGGCGGGGCGGCCGUGCGGAGGUGGGGAGCGGAGAGCGGGGAGCGGGGACAGCGGCGCGGAGCGUUCCCGGGGCACCAUGGAGCUGCCCGGGGCCCUGCAGCUGGGUGAGCUGGCGGCCGCCUUCGCCACGGUGCCCGUCUUCCCGCUCUUCGACGCGGCCUACUUCAUCGUGUCCAUCCUCUACCUCAAGUACGAGCCAGGUCAGUGCGGGCCGAACGCUGCGGGGCGCGGGCACCGCCGAGAGCCGGGGCUCGGGAGUGGGGGGAUCCCUCGGAGCUGACACAACCGCGCCUUCACUCCAAGGUUGGGUUCUGACCGCCUGGCGUGAUCGCUUUGUGCCGAAGUGCCGUCGCUGCUACGCUGCCCGCGCUCGGCGUUCCGUUUCUCUCCAGUUGUCGCCCGUUCUAUUUCUGUGGCCGCACUCUCCUAUUUAUAUAGAGAGGCCGCGGGUUGAACCUUCCGCUUGUAUUCCCUGUCUGUCGCCGCUGGGACCGGCGCUCGCUGUCAGCUGCUCGCAGCCCCCGGGGACCGCGUGCCGCGGGUUCUCUGCGCCCGCUCGGUACGGAAGGAUGGAGCGCGUCCCGGCUGUCGCCAGCUCUGCUGUCACCGUCUGACUGUGCCUCGGUCCCCGCAGAACGCUGCCUUCCCCGCUGCGUUUACACAGCGUGUGUGCUCUUCAUGCUCCGUUUUGAUCGGUUUCAGUGUAACUGCCCACUGGAUGAGGAAGAAGCAUCCCCUUUGCCAUGUUUUGGAGUCCCCCAGUUGUCAGAUUUCUAUGUUGUACAAGCAGCAGCAUACUGUUCUAUUUCAGCUCCCUGUAAACAUGAGUGCCGGGUUUUUGAGGCCUGAUCCCUUACAGCUGUCUUCCAGCAUUAAGUCCUGAGCCGAGCAGUAACAGCCAACCCCUGUGAAGGUAUUUUCUCUUCCAAACAUGUCAGCCCAUAAUCCCCUCGGACUGUAUAAGGCUGCGCUGCGCUUCUCGCCUGGAUCCUGUGUGGUAGAUGAGGGUCAGGGUGGUAACAUCCCCUUUCCUCCUUGGAAGACAGCGCAGCUUAAUGGAGCCAAAGAAAAAUGUCAUGAAUUUUCCUCCUCAAGCUAACCUUUGGAUCCCUAUGGAUGAGCUUCAUAUCAUGGCUGCUGCGGCUGUCUUGCUUCCACUGUCCCUUCAGCCGGUUCAGAUGUCGGUGGGGAUGGAAGGCUAUCAGCAGUCCUAGUGUUAGUUCACUUACUGCUGUUUAAGGUGGAUGGCUGUCAGUAAUGUGGAUGUAACAUUUUGGUAUUCUUUAACUGCCUGUUACUGGCGUAGCAAACAGAGUUUGGUAUCUGAAACGCUGCACAAAGGACUCUGGUGUCAGUCUAAGGUGAUGAAACAAUCUUACGGAACCGAUGUUCUUGUGAAACUUCCUCCAAGAAGCACAGCAGGGGGUGAGAAUGAGAGCGGAAUCAAACAGCAAACAAAACCCCCAGGCAAUAGGAGGUUAUCUUAUGAAUGAAAGAGCUGAACAGAUUGCUCAUGAAUUCUAGAGGGCACCUAGGUUGAAGCAAUGGAGAGAAUGGUACUAGUAUGCAUUUUGUUUUAAGACUGCAAAAAAAAGCAUUGAUUUCGAGGAAAAACUGGUUCUUUCUGACUGCAGUAGGUAACAGCAAAUGUGGAAGAUAAAAUUCUAAUGACUCCAUUCAUAUGAAACCUUGUGGGGGCCUGCAGGUUGUGAGCACGUACCGUGUCUCGACUAUACCUGAUAGUUGUUUAGGCUCUGCAGAAAGCGCGUUUCUGGCAUUUUAUUUUACAAGCACUUUUCUUUGACUUAUUUUCUGUUGGAGCACAUUGAAAGCAAGUGUCUUUCUUAGGUCUUUGGUGAAUGUGUCUUCUCACUUAGACUUUACUCACAGGAGCCGUGGAGAUGUCUCGCAAGAGUCCUUUUGCCUCCUGGCUUUGUGCAAUGCUCCACUGCUUUGGAAGUUACAUCCUCGCUGAUCUGCUCCUCGGAGAGUCACCUAUUCACUACUUCAGUAACAACUCCAGUGUCAUCUUGGCCACAGCAGUCUGGUAUUUGAUAUUCUUCUGCCCCAUGAACCUCUUCUACAAGUGUGUUAGCUUUCUGCCUGUGAAGCUCAUCUUUGUGGCUAUGAAGGAGGUGGUCAGAGUUCGCAAAAUUGCGGCUGGGGUCCACCACGCUCAUCACCAAUACCACCACGGCUGGUUCAUUAUGAUGGCGACUGGAUGGGUCAAAGGUUCUGGUGUUGCCUUGAUGUCUAACUUUGAGCAACUGCUGCGUGGGGUCUGGAGGCCAGAAACAAAUGAAAUUCUUCACAUGUCUUUCCCUACAAAAGCCAGUCUGUAUGGCACAGUCCUUUUCACUUUGCAACAAACUCAUUGGCUCCCUGUCUCUGAAGCCAACCUCAUCUUCUUUUUCACCAUGUUCAUGAUAGUUUGCAAGGUUUUCAUGACGGCAACUCAUUCUCACGCCUCACCUUUUGCUCCAGUGGAAGGCUUCAUCUGCCCAGUUUUCUUUGGCUCUGUUUCUAGCGGACACACUAGCCAUCAUAAUCAGCAUGGGCACUCCCAUGAAGCUUCCUAUCAGCCACCUCCUCCUGUGAAGUCAAAAGAGGAGCUAAAUGAAGGCACAAGGAAACGAAAAGCAAAAAAAGCUGAAUAAAAAAGCAACCAAACAGUAAACAGGCCAAGAAAAUUCCUCCAGAGCUGUGUCUCAAAGCCACCUGUGGCCUCCUUUAUCCUCCAGUCCUCUCACAGACUGCAGAGGAGAGGUGGAAGUGAAGACACUGCCAGCCAGGUCCCUGAAUUUCAAUUGUGCUGUCUGUGCUGCUCCUUGCUUCUUGGUCUCUGUCUCUCUAUUCUGAUCAUAUUUUCAGGGAUUUAUAGAUUUGUGCCAGGAUGAUAAGUGGGUGCCAGUUCCCAACUGUCAGCAAUUACGAUGCAUCAUCUUUCACGGUGUUUAUUUAUGAGUGGAAGUAAUGGUUUGUGCACCCACAACUGUUCCUGUGAGUUUUCAUUGACCUUUCUGCUGUCUACCAGAACAACAAACUGUUUAGACGCAAUCAAUGUGGAAAUUGGAUUUCAUGCUCAAGGAAAUUAAAUGGUCUCUUAUGACCCUGAUCUAAUUUUUCCUAGCUUCUGCAUCUGCCACAUCUCCAAAUAACAUGACAUUCUAUAUGCAAUGAGGACAUCAGCUCUGGUGUCCUGGCCAAAUUCUGCUCUGAAAUUACAUUUUUCUCAUCCAGGUUCCCUCUGAUUCUUAAUGAAUUGUCACUUUCUUAACUAAGACUUUGUUUGCAAGACCUUUGAGACUGUAAAAUGCUCUUAAGUGCUAUCUGUUGGCACUGUUAUUAUUUUAAACUGUUUUGUAGUGUUGCUGCUCUGUUAGCAAUUGUGUCCCACCUCAAACCUGAUUGUCAUUACUUGGGAAAGAAGCAUGGUUUUGGUUUGUUUGUAAUCCUGUGGGAUAUAAGAAGAAUAUGUGAGUGUAAAUAAGUAUUUAUUAUUAUUUAUUUAUAACUGCCAAGGCACCUAAUUAAUGGAAUUUAAACUGCAUUUUAAAACUUUGCAUCUUUAUAACAGGAGAAUUGGAUGCUUCUAAGUAUGGGCCUAAGCUGUGCUUGAAGCAGUGAUUUCGGUGUGCUAGUGGGCAGCCUGAACACUUACUGUAUGCACGAGGAAACACUUCUUAUAUUCUUAAAGUAAGUUAGAAAGGCUGAAGAAGAUUUCACACCAGCUGACUAAAAGUACUAUAAUAGUCUAAUAAGAGAACACCAGCUCAAGAAACAGUUUCCUUUGUAGGUCCCUUUUUGCCAAAAUACUGAUUUGUGCCCAGCGAGGGAGGGAAGAUGUGAAAUGCCUUGCAUGGCUCAGGGAGCAGUCAGUCAGCUUGUUCAUGUUCUGCUUAAUGAAUACUGGCUUUUAGACUAGUUUGAAGCUGUUCCUAUAACUGAUUUUGUCCUUAAAAGUGUCAUCUUAAGCGUUGUGCCCUAAAGACUUAACUCAUUCUGAGGUGGUUUUUUAUCACUAAUGGCCGGGAUCACUGCAGUGCUAAAAGAAUGCUUGGGGGUGUAGUACUGGGCUUUCAGCUAAGCAGUGUGUCACCAUCCCUAGCAAUAAGGCUUGCUGCUGUCACCUUGCAAUGGGGAAUUGAAAUCAAAGGAUUUAAGAAAAGUCAUGGGUUUGGUUUUUUUUUUUUAUUUUGGUGUGUGUCCCUAUUCCGGAAUUGAAACUGAUGUUAAUUUUGGAAAAAAGAAUUAUUGUAUACAACCAGAUAAAAGCCAGUAAAAGAGGUCAAAUGAUUCCUGGGUUUGGGUUCUGAAAGUGCCUUAACUUUGUGAGUUUCCCUCCAGCAGAAAAUGGCUUCUACCUGACAACAGUCUGGUUUUGCAGAUACUGCUCUACAGAAACACGGUGGAUCACUAGCAUGCAUGAGGCUGUAAAGAAUGGUUUAUAAGAUGUCUGAUUCAAGGGGAAUUUUGUUUUAUAAAAGCUCGUAACAAAAUAAAAAUUGUGAAGUGACUCCGAUUGUCCAAUGGCA